AUGAGCGCUGUAACAGAGAUUAACAAUAUGUCUAACGAAGUCCUUGACAAGCACUCCCCGCCUGACGGCUAUGAUGCCACAGCUGGCGACCUCUCGACCGAAACCAUCGAUCCGGUCGAUGAGCGAAAGUUGCUCGCGAAAUUAGAUAUUGCCUUUGUGCCAAUCAUAAUGGUCGUGUAUCUGUCAUGUUUCCUCGACCGAAGCAACAUCGGCAAUGUCAAGGUGGCCGGGAUGCCUGCCGAUAUUCAUGCCAGCACACAAGAAAUCUCCACCGCUGUGUCAAUAUUCUACGCCACUUAUGUAGCGUUCGAGGCGCCCUGGGCCAUUUUGCUUAAGAAAUUGACACCACGAUUUCUCAUCACCGCCCUGUGUGUGGUCUGGUCACUAACAACCAUCUUCUCCGGCUUUAUCUCGAACAUUGGCGGUCUGUAUGCCGCUCGUUUGAUCUUGGGUGCCUGCGAAGGCGGCUUGUUUCCGGGCCUGAACUUAUACUUGACCAUGGUGUACAAGCGCGAGGAGCAAGCCAAGAGAGUGUCAUAUUUGUUCGUUUGCACCGCACUAUCUGGCGCAUUCGGCGGUUUGUUGGCGUAUGUGAUCCUGAAGAUGGACGGCGUUGGUGGCUAUGCUGGCUGGAGAUGGGUUUAUAUUAUCGAGGGAAUAUUCAGCAUCGUCGUUGCCGUUGCCGUCUGGUUCGGAUUGCCAAACGACCCAUCUAAUGCGUACUUCUUGAAUGAUAAGGAGAAGAGAAUGAUGCAGAUUCGAGCUGCUCAAAGAGCGCAAUACAUGGGUAGCGAAGAGUUUAGCUGGGAGGAGAUCCGGAUCACACUCAAGGACCCUAAACUCUAUCUCAGUGGUGCCAUCCAGUUCUGCCAGGACAUCCUUCUCUAUGGAUUCAGUACCUUCCUACCUUCUAUCAUUACAUCGAUGGGCUACAAUAGCCUCGAGGCACAAUAUUUGACCAUUCCUGUAUACAUACUCGGCGGAGCAUGCUUUCUCACAUUCGCUUUCAUCUCGGAUCGUUUGACACUUCGAUCGCCUUUCAUCCUCUUCGCAAAUAUCUUCGGCAUCGUCGGCUAUAUCCUAAUCUUGACACCCACGAGUCACGGCGUCAAGUUUUUCGGCACCUUCCUCUGUGCCAUUGCAGUGUACAACGGACCGGGUCUCAAUCUGACGUGGCUGAAUGUCAACGUCGCGCCGCAUUACAGACGCGCUGCUGCUAUCGGGUUUCAGCAGACUAUCGGAAAUACCGCUGGCAUUGUGGCAGGUCAGAUCUACCGCAAGAGUCCAUACGUGCUGGGCAAUGCCUUUUCGGUCGGUGCGCUGGGUGUUGCUCAGCUAUUGAUCAUCGCCAAGUUCUUAUAUAUUCGCCGACAGAACUCUAAAAAGGCGAAGAUGGCUAAGGGUGAGAUUGAGGAUAUAAGGAAGGUGAAGACGGGUGACAGGGCUUUGGACUUCAAGUACCACCUAUAG